AUGAAGAGCGUGUUUGAUUUCGGAGAUGAUACGGUUGGGUUCGGUUGGAUAUUUCAGACAAACCCCGGGGUGUGGGGAGAAUGUGAAUCCCUCCACACCAGCGCAGGGUUAAGGCAUGACCCUCAGAUUGAUCGCCACCGUGAGACUUACUCGUCGCCGCUGAAGGGUAACCUAGCCCGCACUCAAUGCCGGUCCGCAAUCACUCAAGGCCCGCCCUCACUCCCGUCGUCGUCACUCCCGUCGUUCUCUCUCUCCCGUCAAACUUUCUUUCCCGUCGCGCUCUCCCCCCCGUCGCGCUCUCACUCCCGUCACACUCUCACUCCCGUCGCUCUCUCACUCUCGUCGCGCUCUCACUCCCGUCGCUCUCUCUUUCCGGCGCGCCCUCACUCUUGUCGCUCUCUCGCUCCCGUCGCGCUCAUUCUACCGUCGCUCUCUCACUUCUUUGCGCUCUCACUCCCGUCGCUCUCUCUCUCUCUCUCUCCCGCCGCCCUCUCACUCCCGUUGCUCUCUCUUUCCGGCGCGCUCUCACUCUCGUCGCUCUCUCGCCCCCGUCGCGCUCAUUCUACCCUCGCUCUCUCACUUCUUUGCGCUCUCACUCCCGUCGCUCUCUCACUCCCGCCGCCCUCUCAUCUCCCGUCCCUCUCUCACUCCCGUCGCGCUCUCACUCCUGUCGCUCUCUUUCCGGCGCGCUCUCACUCUCGUCGCUCUCUCGCUCCCAUCGCGCUCAUUCUACCGUCGCUCUCUCACUUCUUUGCGCUUGCUCUCCCGUCGCUCUCUCUCUCUCCCGCCGCCCACUCACUCCCGUCGCUCUCACACUCCCGUCACUCUCUCACUCCCGUCGCUCUCUCACUCCCGUCGCUCUCUCACUCCCGUCGCUCUCUCACUCCCUCGCUCACUCAGUGA